AUGACAGGAAUACUUGCAAAGUUGCCUGCCUAUGUAAAAGGAACGGUGGUCAAAGGCUUCGGUCGAGGCAGCAAAGAGUUAGGGAUUCCAACAGCGAACUUUUCGGAAAAUGUAAUGGAAUCAUUAGCUGGAGAUACUGGAAAUGGAAUAUAUUUUGGCCUAGCGGCGGUUGAUGACAGUCCGGUUCAUAAAAUGGUAAUGAGCAUUGGCUGGAAUCCAUACUAUAAAAAUACCAAAAAGACCAUGGAGGUACAUGUAAUUCAUGACUUUGAAAAUGAUUUCUAUGGUUCGGAGCUACGGGUUAUUGUACUAGGACACAUUAGACCAGAAAAGGAUUUUUCUUCCCUAGACCAGCUUAUUGCCGAAAUACACAAUGAUAUCAGAAUUGCAAAAAGUAGAUUAGAAGAACCAACUUUCAAAGCAUACUAUGAAGAUCCAUUUCUGACUAAGAACUCUACGAAUAAAUAG